UCAACUAAUCAACUUCAAACCAAAAGAUGUUAUUCUCAAACUAAAACAAAUCAAUCAAUCAAUACCCAAAACCCAUCAUCAACCAAACAAAAACAAUGAAAAACUCACUACCAUUACUUUACCUAAUCCACUCAAUCUAUCAUCAACCAAUCCAAUCACUCUCAUCUCAUUCACCACAAGACUUAUUAGCUUAUCCAAAAUACUCUGUAAACUUACAAGAUUGGAAUUCAGCUAUUGUUAAUUCGACUGCUAUUCAUUUACUUUCGAAUCUUACUACAUCAAAUCAACCAGAUCCAACUCAUGGAUUAACUGUUUUAGAUACUCCAGACCGAUCUGAUGAAGUUCCAAAAACUCCAAUAGCUUAUCGUCAAACACUUAUGCGUACAACAACCGGUCAAGCAUUUCUCUGUGCAGUCCCACCAAUAGCCGAUUCCAAACCGAUCAUCAAACGUCCAAAACCUGUUUCUGAAUUAUCUAAAGCAGAUGAUCAACUCAAACGUCAAGCUAAAGCGAAAGCAGAACAAGAAGGUUUAAAGAAUGGAUUAGUUCUUUUAGAGGCUUUGAAGGAUCAUUGUAUUUAUACAAGACUAGGAUGGUUUACUUAUUCUUUUUGCUAUGGACAAGGUGAAAUUCGACAAUUUCAUGCUGUUAUGAUCCCUGGUCAUAAUCAUCCACAUGAAGAUCCAACCCAAGAUGUGUUUGUGUUAGGACUACAUGUAAAUCAUCCACAACAUCCAAAUCAUCAAGCUAAAGUCGAAGGCACUCUACAAGCUCCUACAUCUCUUUCAUCUCAAGGCGAGUUAACCUCCUUAGGUCGGAAUCGGUUCUCCAACACUCCUUUGGUCACUGGUUUGGCUGAUACGGUGACGGAUGAUAUUGCGGCUGCGGCGGCUGGUCAAGAUCUUUCGGGAGAGGGGGAUGGAGAUGAGGAUGAACUUGAGCAGAAACGGUACUUGGUCCAACGCUGGGAAGGAGGUACGAUAUGUGAUAUGACAGGCAAACCACGAGCAGUAGAAGUUCAAUUUCAUUGUUCAACAGUGGGUACUGAUCAUAUUGCAUUACUCAGAGAAACUGCCUUGUGCGAAUAUCUCUUGGUGAUCCAUACACCUAGGUUAUGUUCAGAGCCUCUGUUUUUAGAUGGUGGUGGUGAUCGGAAAGCCAGUCUGGGUGGUUCAGAUGAUAGUGGAAAGAUUGAAUGUCGACCGAUUCUGAGUGAUGAAGAUUUAGAGAAAUGGAAAACGAGUGAGACGGAAAAGGCUAAGAAGAAAGCGGCUCAUGAUGCUGCCUUGGCUCAAGAACUUGAAGAAAAGAAACAUCAAAAGGCGAUUGAUGAAGCUGCUCUUCAUUCUGCUCAGGCGGCUUUACUUGAACCUCAACAGUCGACCCAACCGGCCGAAGAGUCUAGUUCAUCAGAGUCAGACGAAAAUAAGAGUCAACCGGAUCCGACGUCUUCCGAACAAAUCGUACUUGAUGGCACUAAUGGUCCUAAGACUCCAGCUGACUCCUCGGCUAAAUCUUCAUCCGAUUCAAAGCCAACUGAAGCCAAGAGUGAUACGGAAGAUCCUGGAGCUGUGGUCAUGGAUCCUAUCACAGUUUUCUUCGACACCGAUACCGGUCAAAUCUACAUGGAUGAGAACGGACCACAGGUACGGCCUAGGACUGCGACUGGUGGUGAUACGACAGGCGAGCGAGUAGCUGGACAAGCCACUGGGAGUACCGGUCAACCAGGAAGAACUCCGAAUCGAAACAUUCUACCAGGAGGAAACCCUGCAGGAGGCGAAGGAGCAACACCACCUACACUUGAAGAAUUAACCAAAGCAUUACGUGAAUCCUUAGGAGCAGUAUUACGAGACUUAAGGGAUGAAGGAGGAGCAGUAGCAGGAGCAGUAGGAGGAGCACAAGCUAGACCAGCUCGUCCGUUAUCUGAAUUGAUUGCUGCUUUACAAGAGUCUAGUAAGAUACCUACGACUAAAACACGUAAGAGUAGAAAGAAAUCGGGAAGUGGAAGUGGAGGUGGGAAAGGAACGAAGAAGGUGAAGAAAACAAAGGGUGAGGAGUUGAAGGAGUGGAAAGAGAGUGGACAUGGGAAGAUGGUUUCUAUGUAUUCGAAUAAGUUUGAGGUGAAAGAAGAAGAUGAAAAAGAUGAAAAAAGUAAAUAAAUGAAGUGGUUUAGAUUUAGUUGUAUUGUUUUUUUUGUGAGAUGGAUUUUUUGGGAUGGGUUUGAUUGGUUGUGGAAUUAAAGAAGGGUUUUUUUGUAGAAUAGUAGAAAAUCAGUUGCAUUGUUUUUUUUGAAAGUUUUGAUCCAUUUUCGAAUUGAAAACAUCUUGGAUUUAUGGAGAGUUUGAUGCUUUAAAAUUUUUCUUUCUUUUUGUUACAUUUAUUGAACACGUUAAAGUUGGUAGGAAGAGAUGUAAGUUGGGUUUGUGGAGUUUAUAGUUGAAGGUUGUGUAUCAGUAGUUGAAAUGCACAUAGGUAUAUAAUUGAAGGGUUGGUAUUUGAAUUCGAAUGGAAAUUCAAGUUUGAGUUCUUUUGAUU